GUCAUUUCCCGGAUGUGAAACUAUCGCAACACGGAAGAGAAGGAAAGAAAACAAAUAAUCGUUUAAAUUUGUGUCGGAUUGGAUUCGGAGAAUACGCCCUGAAACACCUUUUACUUUCUGGAUUAAAGUCUCCUGGUUCACGAUGGAGUUCCUUUUUGGGAGGAAAAAGACCCCAGAGGAAAUGCUGAGGCAGAACCAGAGGGCGCUCAACCGAGCCAUGAGAGAACUGGACCGAGAGCGAAUGAAACUGGAGCAACAGGAGAAGAAGAUCAUCGCUGACAUAAAGAAAAUGGCCAAACAGGGACAAAUGGAUGCCGUCAAGAUCAUGGCCAAGGAUUUGGUUCGUACAAGGCGUUAUGUAAAGAAGUUCAUCAUGAUGAAAGCAAACAUCCAGGCUGUCAGUCUAAAGAUACAGACACUCAAGUCCAACAACAGCAUGGCACAGGCUAUGAAAGGCGUCACCAAAGCCAUGGCCACCAUGAACAGACAGCUGAAACUGCCUCAGAUUCAGAAGAUCAUGAUGGAGUUUGAACGACAGAGCGAGAUCAUGGACAUGAAGGAAGAGAUGAUGAAUGACGCCAUUGACGAUGCCAUGGGUGAUGAGGAUGAUGAGGAGGAGAGUGACGCCAUUGUUUCCCAAGUGUUGGACGAGCUGGGUCUGAAUCUGUCCGAUGAAUUGUCAAAUCUCCCGACCCCUGGGGGAAACCUGUCAGUGGCUGCGGGAAAGAAAGCUGAGCCCCAGGCCGCCCUGGCUGACGCUGACGCUGAUCUGGAGGAGCGGCUGAACAAUCUCCGGAGAGAUUGAACACACAGUAACUGACGGACCUGGUUUAUUAAUACAGACACAACCAUACUCGAAUCUCUGUGUUUAGAUUCUAUCGAAGGUGCAACUGGCACAACGCUGGCUGUUUGAGCCUGUGUUAUAAGGGUGUAUGGCCUUCUGUUUGAGGUGUUUUCAUUUUAUGCGUGUAUCAUGUGUUUUAUCCAAAAAAAAACCAAAAAAAACCCUGCAAGGGUCAUUAUUCUACAUAGGUCUAGAAAACUCAUGUCUCAUUUAGGACUUUGGUAAAUGAUGCAAAUUCUCUGAGAGUAAAAAUUUAUUUCACAGUGUGUGUAAAUACUAACUCCUCAAGGCAUGAUGUUUUCACAAUUUAAAUUAACACUAAUUACAAAAUGUUUAAAACCCAAACAGAGGUUGGUAAUAUUAGAGGUGGAUAUUUUCUAUGGGUGACAUAUACAAAUUCAGCACUUUUUGUACAUCAGGCUGGUUUGGUGUUCUUUGUAUUAUUAUUAUUAUUAUCAUCAUCAUUUAAAUUACACAGUUUUAUUAUCCCUUUUGGUUUCAUUUAUUUGUGGCAGUUGACAGAUGCCAGGGUCUAUUUGAAGAUGGUGUACAAAAAGUGUAUUAUCUCCAUAUCUUUUCUGUCUAAAUUCACUAAUAGGAUGGUUCCUUUUACAAAAAUAUAUAAAGGAUAAAGAAUGAAAGUGCGUUGAGCUGACUCUUCACCAGUGGAAAAGCACUCCCGGGUAACUCACAGUGGUGUUUUUGAGAUCAGCAGGAUUUUCACCAAAUUGUUAAUAAGGAGUCGGUGGUGUUUAUUUUUGAAAAAGUGUCCAUUUUUUUUUUUUUGCUUUUUCUUUAUUCAAUAAACAUUUUUUCCAGAUCUAA